AACACCAUCAUCUUGGAAAGGGAAGAGAGAAAAAAAUCAAGAUAUAUUUUGGUAGUUUCUGUGUUGGUUUCUUCAUUUCCCCCUCUCGUGCAUUUUCUGCAGAGGCAAUUUGUCCUUUCCCUAAAUGCUGAGCAAUCUCAGCACAGAACUAAUCAAUAUUAAUGGCGAUGGGACCGGGGGUGGGAGGAGAGGAGGGAUUAACGUGACCUUUUUAAACACGCGCUGCCUCAGACGGUCACCGAGCAGCUGAGGAGAAAGCAGCCAGACGGACCCACCAUGUCUGACAAACCAGAUUUCGCAGAAAUCGAAACAUUUGAUAAGACCAAGCUGAAAAAGACAGAAACAAGAGAGAAAAAUCCAUUGCCCACCAAAGAAACUAUUGAACAAGAAAAGCAAAGUGAGAACGCAUCCUGAGCGUCAGAGAGAUGCUGUGACUGCUGCUUCUUCAGUGGGGUUUGGGCUUCUGUGCCAGAUUUUGUUCUGUUUUGUUUCCCCUCCCUUCCACGUUCCCCCCAGUGCUCAUUAUCCAUUUCAUUUAUUUCCAUUUAGCAAACACUCCUUUCAUGUUCCC